AGGCUACAAAGAUGUCUUCAUCACGCUCUUCAAGUAUUUAUUACUAUGGUGCUCACCUCCCUGCUUCAAAAUCUCCUGCGCAGUACCUUCCUUUUGAUGUCCUCAACGAGAUUUUCAAGUAUCUACCCGACCUACAGCUUGUCAAUGAACUUGAAGCCGAAGUCAUCUCGCCGAAGACAGGUCCAUACAUCCUGCGUCCUGAAAAGUAUCCAUGGUCACUUUCCAGAGUCUGCAGCGCGUGGCGUGCUGCUGCCAUUUACGAACCACGUUUAUGGAGUCGUGUACAUCUUGAAGUAGGUCCACGGCAGCCGUCUCCGGGAAAGGUUCAGCUUCUGCAGUUAUACCUUGCCAGAAGUCGAAACUCUAACCUCUCGGUCUCUCUACAUUGCACCUGGAUUGGGCGAGCGAAAGAUAACGCGUUGUUGUCUAUACUCUUCACUACCAUUGGUCGAUGGCAAUCCUUAUCUCUUCACGCCCUCGUCAUAUCAUUACCGCUGUUCAAUGAUUUGGGGCCGUUUUCUAUGCUAGAGUCUCUCCAUCUCUAUGUCGCUCAUCAAGCCAAGACCCCUCCUUUGGCCAAUGUUCAUCACAUCUUCCGACAUGCACCGCGCCUGCAUACUAUUCGACACCGUCAUUCCGACGACCGCUCUAUCUUCAUGAUGCCUCUAGAUCAACUCAAAGUAUACCAAGGUCCCACUUCCUCAAUCCCACCCGAAUCAGGCUGUCAAUGGAUUUCCAAUUUGCACUGGUGCGCACUCGCUGCGAAUGGGCAACAACCAGGCUGGGAUUCUAAGGAAGUACACGCCCCCCAUAUGCGCGAGUUUUCCAUUCAAGAGAGAAUUCAGGCACUCAACACCACCGCGAUCCUGAAUAUCUUGACCUUGCCUGUCCUUGAAGUUCUUCGCGUGAAGGCAGCGGGUAGGGACCGUCUUCGUGAUUCGAUAAUUGGCUUACUUGAUCGUUCAAUGUGCAUCCUUACCGAGCUCUGUCUGGAUAUCCCCGACCUCACUGCGCCAAUCAUGAACACCAUCCUCAUCCACACCCCACAACUCGUCAAGCUUCGCAUUACGAGUAAAAAGCUUCUCCCGAAUUUCGUGGAAGAUUGGAUAUAUGAUCCAAAGACGCACGCGGACAAUCCAUGUAUCCUUCAACACCUGGAACAACUCGACCUUGGGCGAAGUACCUUCACUCCUGGCGCGGAAAUCGCUCUUCUACAAAUGGUACAGUCUCGCUGGGAAAUUCCAGAGAAGAUGACAGUGGAGAAGUACUUUGGUGGACCGGCUGUACACAGCAUCGUUCGGCUUCGCUCGAUCCAGGUUCCAUAUAAGUUCCAGAGAACGAAGCGAUCGCAAAAGAAAAUUUUGAGAGUGUGGAAAGAAGAAGGGCUGGAAAUCCAAUUUGGUCCUGGGAGCCAGAAUCGACUAUAACGAACUUUUGUGUCUGCUCACGGUGG